AUGCUUUCGCUAACGAGGAGAAUAGUUGUUUCGAGGCCAUCCUGGCCGCGAGCACUCUCGACGUCAGUGACCGAUAUGGAGAAAGCCAUCAUCUCCAAGUUGACCGAGCGCUUUUCUCCGACAGAACUCGCGGUGCAAGACGUGUCAGGAGGCUGUGGUGCCUUUUUUGCAAUCAAAGUUGCAAGUGAGAAGUUCAGGGGCUUGCCAACAGUCAAACAGCACAUGCUUGUUACCGAAGUAUUGAAGAAAGAAAUCGGAGGAAUACAUGGAUUACAAGUACGUCGUCUCCAGUGCGCGGCUACAACAACCAACCGCUUUUGA